AACUGCGCCCUCACAGUUGAUAAAUUUGUGUAAAUUUUUGAGAAGUCGCGCGAAAUAAACAUGGCGGCGUAGGCUAGGGGAGUUUAUUUUGCUUUGUUACUGUAACGUUGACGGUCAUCAAAUAGCUUACUUAUAAAAGUCGUAGUAUAAGGUUAAGCAUGGAACAAGAGAAUUCCACAAAGCAGUUAUCCAUAGACUGCAAGGAACCAGUAACUUGUGUGGAAUUCUGUCCGUUCGAGACAGCGUCUCAUCUAAUUGCCAUUGGGGGUAGCAUGAGGAUUUUAAUUGGUACUUGUGUGUUUCCAGAAGAAGAUAAGGAUCGUGAUGCAUUUGAAUUUCGUCAAGUUAAUGAAUUCCAUCAUGGCUGCCGUGUGGAUGCCAUUUCAUGGAGUCCAAGGACAAACCUUGACUGUCUGCCAAGGUGUCUACGUUUCUGUACAGCAGGUUCUGAUUUCCGUUUGCGUUUAUUCACUUCUGAUCUUAAAGAAGACAACACAGUUCAGGUUCUUGAUGGGCACAGUGAUUACAUAAACGAAGUUGGCAUAGAGACACUGGAAGGCGAUUUGAUAGCUAGUGUUUCUGAUGACUGCACGUGUAGAACAUGGGAUCCAUUUGGACAACAGAAGGCAUUGUUCCCACUAAAAUCCCAGGGAAUGUCUGUUAACUGGCAUCCACAUGAUCCAAUGAAGCUUAUGGUGGCUGAGAAAGGUGGAACAAUUCGGUUCUAUGACAUGAGACUUGAAGAGCCAAUAAUGACACUUGAUGCUGGACCUGGAAUGUUGCUCUCUGCUAAUUGGUGCUGGGAUGAUACAGCCUGUGUUGGUGCUGUUGUCAAUGGUGAUUGGAUGAUAUGGGAUACAUCAAAUUCAAGUCAAGCUAUAGAGAUCCAGCGUGCACAUUCUGAGAAAGGGCGUUAUAUACGUUGGUGCCAUAGCAGUUCCAGUCUUUUUGCGACCUUAGGUCAGCCUAAUAAUCAGUUGAAGAUCUUCCACUUGGAUCAUCAUCAGGUUCCAAUCAAAUUCAAUUUACCAGUUCAAGGAGGAAUAAGCUGGCAUGCUUUUCUCCCUGUUUGUGCUGCUGGUGGAAACAGAAAAGUUCAUCUAUUUACUGCUGAACUUUGAACUUUGACACAAUCAGGUGACUGACUGAACAAUGCGGAUUGUCUAAACAGUGAUGUAUUUCAUGUCCUCAUAGGCAAUGAUGUCACACAAAGUCAUUGAAAAAUUGCAAACAAAUGAUAUAGCGGGAAUUCAAUGGAGUUGGCAUUACCUUAAUCACUGGCUGUUUCAAUUUGGCGGAUUGAUUGUGUAAAAAACAUCUGCCGGAUAAAGAUCGUGUAUCUCUACUGACUACUACCCUUGCUAAGUUGAAUUUGUGUGAUGGAUAGCAUCUAUACAGCUUAGACAAUAUUAGGUAAAUGUUGUAAAGUAAAAUUAACUCAAUACCUAGUCAAGCAAAUGAAUGUUUCAAGACAUGCGCAAAAAAAAACAUCAUGUUGUAGAACUUUUUAAAAUAAAAACAUCAUUGACAGUAAAAUUCACCUGCAGAUGGUCUGAAAGUCAGUUUGCAAUUAGAAUUUGAAAAACAGAAUAACCUUUUCAAAUAAAGUAAUGAAAAAUCAAGUAAA